AUGCCUUCGGGACAGGAUACUCAAGCCAAUCGCUCCCCGCCUCGGACACCUCCAUCGCAGGCGUCCAAUUACAAACCCACAAAGAGAGGACUUCAUCCGCGGCCGUCGUUGCGCGAAACCUUCCUCGACGAUAUGAACCCUGCCGACAAUGCGAACAGCGGCAAUGAGUCGAGCGACGAACGCGAUCCUCAUGAUCUAUCAUUGUCCCCGAAACACGCCGCGCGCACGUCCAUUGUCGACAACAUGUUACUAUCUCUAGACCAGUUCGCUUUCUCCGCGGGCAACUCCAUUCUCGAUGACUACAGACUGUUCAAUUCGGUGUUUGAGUCGGAAUUGUAUGGCCGAAACUCGCAGGAAUCUACAACGCAGCAGCGUUAUCGCGGUCAUACGUUUUCCUCCUCCUUGUCGUCGGAAGCGGACUUGGGCUACGACGAUAGCGCCGCGCGGUAUGGAACUCAGCCAGCAAGAGGCCGACGCAGCAACAGCAGCUCCAACUACCAUUCCGGUUUGAGACGAAUCGGUAGCACCCGCAGUCGAGACGCGCCGGGAUCGCGAGGUCAGCUUUAUGACUAUCGAACUGUCGCUGGUGGUGAUCCCUCGGCGAUGCGCACGACGAGGAAAAGCAGCAAAGCGAGCGCAUCUUCGACACUAGAUUUUGGCCCGCCUCUCAUCCGAGCCCAAGCUGGCUCUACCAAUGAGAGGCGCUCGGCGAGCUUUGAUUAUGGUACCAGGCCAACGCUCACUUCGACCGACUUCGAAUCCACAUUCUACGAUAGUACAGAUGCGGCUCCGACACCCAGUGUUCCCGCUGGUCCGAGGAAAUUGCACUCAUCAUCCCAAAACGACUACUCUGGACCAUCAAAUUCCCAGUCAUCCCGGACACCAGUCGUCUCUCGGCGGAACAGUCCGAAGUCCUCUCGGACGAACCAGGCUCGGAAGUCUCGACCAGAGAACAUCAAUAGCGGCGCCAACAUGCGGGGCGCGGACAGCGGCAUGAGGAACUUGGCCGAUGACGGCUUGGAUCCUCCUCCAAAUAUCUCGGCAACACUUGACCCUCCAGCUCCGAGUCCCACCAUCUCGUUCAACAAGCCAACAUUGCUACCUCCGCCGGAGCCAGCGCCAGUCAAGGAGCGACCGGGAUUCUUCCGACGCGUGUUUGGAUCAUCGAGGAGUUCGGUUAUCGUACCAGCAGAAGCAAGUCAUUAUGAUAGCCCAAUCUCCCUGGAGCACGAUACCAAUCAGGUAAACGCAGCGAGCGGGACCCUCAGAGGAAGCAGACAGCCUCAGAGAAAUCAUAAUGUGUCCGGUGCCAGUACGCCCAGAGAAAGGCCCCCUCAGGUAGUGAACAAAAAACCAUCGUUCUUUCGUCGUCGGAAAAAAUCAAUCUCCAUUGACAACAGCGCCCCGCCACCCAUCGUGCUCCCCCAGCAACUGGGUCCGAGGACAAUGGAAAUUCUGAAACCAGAACCCAGCCCUGUCAGUAGCCUAAGAAAGGUCAUGAAUCCGUACCUUGCUGACGGCGUGGGUCCUGCAUGUGAUAAAUCAAAAGAGCGUCCCGCUCGGGCUGCAGUUGCAGAUGAUGCGGCAAAUAAGACUGCGGGACUUUCCUCCGCCCAGAGAGGCAAGGAACAGGUUUCUGCUGCUCCUGUCAAGGGCGUUUCCAAGUCCAAAUACAGUCUAUAUCCCCCGCCACCUGCAGGCAGCGGUCACGAUACAUCAUUCUUGAUGAACAGCAGUGGCAAUGAAGAAUCCACAGUCAAAGCCGCUGGCUUGGACUCUGAAGCCUCUGUCGAUCCACCGCAGAGGAAAAUGGCGGUCAGAGACGGCAUCGAAUCCCAGGACAACGAACAAGUCGGCCAGGUCGCCAGUGAAUCCCAGCAUACGAUCACACCACCGACCAUGAUUCCCGCUCCAGCCUUGUCUCCAGUAGUCCAGAAUCUCUCGCCCGCGAGUGCGACAGCCCAGGAUGACGGGUCCAAGGAGACGACAACCGAAGACAAAGUUCACCCCGAGGAAACGGCUGAGGGCGUGCUUCGCUCUAACUCUGGCGUAGGCGGAGAUCGUCGAACAGCACAGCUCAGCAAGCUGACUAUCCCCGCCACGGAGACCGCUGGUGUUUCACCCCAUACCUCGCCAUCGGAUACCGAAUUCUUCACGGCUGCUAACACCCCAGCCGUUCCUUCAGAAGAUCCUGAGAUCCCAGAGGAUAUCACAGAACGUCCGGACAGUGCCUCCUCCUCGGACGAGCCUACCAGCUCAGACAGAGAGCACGCGAGAAGAUUAUUUGAUAGCCAAGAUCAGGUGGUGGGCAACGAGCCUGCUGCCGCCUGGUUAGGCGACCCCAAUCGUGCGACCAUUCGAGAAGCAUAUAUGGAGCUUUUCAACUGGUCCAACAUGAACAUUCUGGCGGCGCUGCGGAGUCUUUGUACUCGGCUGAUCCUCAAGGGUGAGACGCAGCAGGUUGAUCGAGUGUUGGAUGCGUUUUCCACAAGAUGGUGCCAGUGUAACCCACGACAUGGAUUCAAAGCUUCAGGUUUGUUCAGCGCUCUCGUCCUUCUGUCGCCGUGGCACCUUAUCGUACCUAACAGUUGCCUAGAUGUUGUACACACCAUCUGUUAUUCUUUACUGCUCUUGAACACCGAUCUCCAUCUCGCGGAUAUCGAGCAGAAGAUGACCAAAACGCAAUUCGUUCGCAACACAAUGCCCACAAUACAUCGCGUCGCCAUCGAUGCAGCUCCGGAUAGUUUUGACCCUCUACGUCCAGCUAAUCGAGCGAGACUCUCUGCAAUAGAUUCGAACUCUCAGCCUACCUCGGCUGAUGAAUCCGAGAGGGCGAAUGGAGAUGUGAACCGGCCGACCAAUCCUCCGCCGAAGCUGUCGAAUCGCUUGUCGCGGACCGAUCUCUCAAUUAAAUUAGGCGGUGAUCCUGACAGCGACAUUGGUCCCCUGGUUAAUGCGCCAUUCAAUGGGUCAGUGCGGGCCUGGGAGCAGCAGGUUGAGACCGUCCUCCGAGAUUUUUACUCCUCGAUCCAGAAACAAAAACUUCCGCUCCACGGUGCCUCAGGCGACAGGGACGGACACCAGCCGCAAUCGAACAGCCUACUUGGCCCCGGCUCGAAUCAUCAUGGCCUACGCAGAAGCCCCAGCACGAUCAGCAAGAGUGGCUCCGAUAUCUAUCCCCGCGGUCGCUCUGCUGACUCUCGAUACGGCACCGCGCGUUGGUCCUCUAAGCCUCGCUCACGUGCAAGAUUAUGUCCCCCGUCGACUAUGGGCUCCAGCCGAACUAGCCUGGAUGACCAGUCAUCUCUAUGGAGUCCUUCGGCAUCGAGUACCUGGAGCAAGUAUUCCCUAGGGAAGCUGACUUCUGCCUCGGUCGAUUCCUUUGGAUCAGAUUAUCCACGCGGAGAUUAUCAGCAGUCGAUCGGGUUUGCGAACGCACUGAGCCAGGCGAUCAUCCGUGAAGAUACCGCUCAUUCCAUCGCCAGCUCAGAAGAUGUUGAAGGUACGGUCCAUCUGUUAGAAGAUGAAACUCUACAGCUCGCCGGCGCUCCAUGGGCCAAAGAAGGUAGCCUGAAACACAAACACCAUCUGGAUUCGGUGGACAAGAGAGCCAAGGAUCGAAAUUGGAAUGAAUGUUUUGCCGUGAUCCAACAAGGCUGGAUGCGUCUGUUCUCGUUCAGCAGCUCCGCCAAGUCGGUCCGGCCGAAACCCAAACCACGUUCUCCUGGCGGUCUUGUGGUGGGAGGCGGAAAUUGGACUGAGAAUGCCGAGGAAAUUUGGAAGUUUCUCCUCCGUCAGUCCAUCGCCAGUGCCCUCCCACCGCCGGGCUACUCCAAGUCGCGUCCGCAUGUCUGGGCGCUGAGUCUACCCACGGGCGCCGUUCACCUUUUCCAAGCAGGCACGCCAGAGAUCGUCCGCGAAUUCGUCUCCACGGCCAACUACUGGAGCGCACGACUGUCCAAGGAGCCCUUGAUCGGAGGCAUCAGCAAUAUGGAGUUCGGGUGGAGCGAUGCGGUCAUCAACAGCGCUCUGGUGAACACCGACCACAACAAGACGCCACCGUCGUCGUCCGGUGCCCGACCCAGCAUUCAAAGUUCGAUCCGCAGUUCGAUCGAUCAGCAAGGGGUUCGACCUAGACUUCCUGCCGACCGGGUACACAUCGGCGACUGGGCCCCGCCGCAACAGAGUAUGGUGGCUUCGGGACAGCCUGAAGUGGACCAGCUGAAGGCUUUGCAGACGUAUGUCAAGAACGUGGAGGAGGAGCUACAGCGACAUAACGAACUUCGACCAGCCAUGAUCCUCGCGUUCUCGCCACGCCACCCCAACGCAAUCAAGGCGAUGGCCAAUUGGGAGCGCAAGUCUUCGUACCUGCUGCGGGAAAUUGUCAAGUUCCGAACGUAUAUUGAUUCACUCCAAGGAGCAAUCGAUGCGAGAAACCAAAUCUACGCAUCCCGUGAGGAUGAAACUCCUGAACGAGCGGAAGACUAG